AUGGACCCUCACAAUUUAUCCAAUACAAUUUCAGAUCCCACCGACAUCCCAGGUGCUCAGAGCACCGAACUACACCAGAAUGGGGGCGUAACCAACCCCACCGCUACCGCAUUGGAGGGUCUCCAUCCCCAGACUUCGGCUGACUCAGAAGCUCAACAGUCAUUCGCAAACGACGACGACGUGCAAAUGGACUACGACGACUUGCCCCCACUUCAAGAAGUCUCAGACUCAUCAGACUCCGAAUCUGAAUCAGAAUCGGAUAGAGAUGCCAAUGAGGUCGAAAUGCAGGCAGUUGACCAGAAUGAUGAAGACGCAUGGAUCGACGUCGAUACUCCACCCAAUGCUCCUUCUUCAUCAUCCACACCCAGGCCCUCGCUAUACUCCACCACAUCACGCCCAACUGGUAACAGGCGUGCACGGGUAGAGGAUGACCAGGACGAGGAGCGUGAUCGAAGGCACCCCUCACAGCGAGUAAGCAGUAGCACCAGAAACAAUUCUUCUGCAACCUUCUCCUCUUCCCAGACAGGUGCUAAUUUACCGCAGGUCCAAACACCCGCAACUAACCCCACCAUUCCUCAUAUCCACCGUCACAUCAUCCGCGCCAGUUUCAAUGUUGCCGGAAACCUCGACAUAAACAAUAAUGCCAAUGCCCUCCGUUUAUUCCAACACUUAAUCUCACCACCUGUUAACACCAACAAUAAUGCUACCUCGAAUCAGAAUAAUAACAAUAAUCCUCCUAAUACCGAGAACCCUGAGGGCGGGGUAGCGCCACCACCGCCGCAGCAACCAGAGCUUCCGCAGCAACCAGGAAACAAUGGGCCACCUAUCGAAGGAAUGGCACUUUCCUUUGAGAUUGGUCCAGGAUUUACUUUUCCCAUCGGUGUUGAUCCCCAAGCAAAUCCGCCAACAGCAAAUCCAGGAGCGCACGAUGCUCACACUCAUCAACACCCCCCGCGCGCCGGUGGACCUUUGGCGGAUAUCCUUGGUCUUCUAGGUCGAUUGGGUGGUGGCCUUGAUGGCGAAACUUUCAUCAAUUUCGGCAACAUGGGCUUUGGCCUAGGCAUGCAUCAAGAGAAGGAUGAUCCUGAGAGAGCGAAGAGGCUUGUUGAUGGUCUCGAGGUCGUGCCUGUUGGUCUGGUCCGCAGACUGGAACGUGUCGGUGGUGCGGGUAGUGCUUCGGGCGAAGAACCUGCCAACGGCGGUGACGCAGGCUGUGCUAUCUGCUGGGACAAACUGUUAGACGGAGACGGUGAAGGUUUCGGCAAGGAGAAGAAAGAGGGAUCUGCCGAGGAAGGAUCAUCAUCGUCAGCUUCGGAGACCGUUCAGCCCAAGAUCGUUUCCCUCCCCUGUGCUCAUGUUUUCCAUGCCGAUUGUCUCCUUCCAUGGUUUGCUCGGCCCAGACAUACCACUUGCCCGACUUGCAGAUUCAAUAUUGAUCCCGAAAAUCUGACUCAUGCGUCAAUGCGCAGAAGGGAAAGGAGAGAGCGAGCUGCUGCGCGUCAGGCAGAAGAGGGCGAGAAUGCAGUUGAUGGGGAAGCCCCUCUCGAGCAUGGACCAGAGAACAUCGCCGAUGAGUUGGAAGAAAAUAUUCAGCCUAUUCCGGCGUUCGUCGAUAUCUUGGGUCCUGGAACAUUAGCGACGCCGGAGGAAGUGAGCGAGGAGCGACGUCAAAUGAUGGAAUUCAUUCGCCUCAGAAACAACGGUGUUGCUCAUCCCCCCCAAACCUCUGGCCCAUCUGGACGCACGCCAACAGUCCGAGCCCAUUCUGCACCUCCAGAAUCUGUUGCUACCAAUGCCCCUGCCGCCGAUGCUGCAACUCAUACUGCAUCUGAUGCAAGCACGUCCAAUAUUGCUCAUCCCAUUCCUUCUGUCCCUAUAGCGGCCAGUACUCUUCCUCGGACACCAACUGUUCUUCGAGCACCGCGAGCGAAUAUUGGAAUUUUGCCUAUUCCUGUCGUAAUUCCUAUCCAGAUCCCAGCUCCAGCUAACGCUGCAGCGGGCAAUCCAACCGGUAAUAGACGAAUGUUUAUUGUAAGACGACCUAGACGUACUGACCAUGUCAUCUCUUCAGCUGCACCCCAUACUCCUCAGCAAAACACGUUCUUUGCCCAGCCGCGACAGGAAGGUGAUUUUGGUAAUUUCCUGUCUCACAUGCUUGGGGACAUUCGACAACCGGUACCUUUUAAUUCCCUUUUCUCGGGCUUCACUCUUAAUCUUCAACAGCCACCCACACCUCAAUCCGCUCAAGCGACACCCCAACCUGCUACGUCCGGGAAUGCCCCCACUGGAGGAUCAAUGGCAGGUAAUUACUUUAGAUAUCACCAUUCGCCUGGUGUGAUUGCUUACCGACCUCGAACACCCAUUCCUCUAUUGCGAUCCCAUUUUGCAGGUCCUCAACUUGCUGGUACUCCAGGGACGACAGCACAGUCUCAAACCCCACAACCUAAUGCAACCAACUCGGCUCCAGGAAACCAGGCCAUGCCCCAGGCCGCUAAUGGAAUCCCUCCCAAUAUGCCGAGAAAUGUGAUGGAAAUACGGGUUGACAUGAUCUUCGGUCCUGGUGGGGCUUUCUCCGUCCCCGUUGGCAACCAACCAGGUGGAGCUGUACAAGUAGGAGGCCAGGUCCCUAAUCAAGACGGUCACAAUGCCCAUGCACCGCCGAACGGAAAUACCAAUGAUGCACUGCGUCGCGAAAUAGAGGCACGUCUUUUCGAUCUCAUGGCGAACAGAAGGCCUGGUGCCGGUCAGCGAGUACCAGGACAACAACAAGAGGGUCAACCCAUUGCCACGCCACCUACCCCCCAACAGCCCGGUCAACAGCAGCAAGCACAACCAAUUCCUUUCGGUGAUGCGAACCCUCCUGGUGCCAAUCCGGGAAUGAACAUGCACUUUACUGGAGCUGGUCGGUCGAUAUCUGAGGCAUUCUCUCAGAUGCUCAAUGGUUUGAGAACUCAACAACCUCGGGGCGCUCCUGCUGCACAGCCUCAGCCAGAGGAUGGUCAACAGCAGGCCCAACCGAAUGCAGAUGCCGCUCCUCAGGCUGAGCCGCAGCAACAGGCUCCUCCUCUUCUGCAUAGAUUGGGUCCUAUGGGUAUGGCACAAGACUUCACUGACUUAUUUGGUGGUGGAUUCCCGGAACAUCGUGCUCCUCGUCCUAGAAAGGAUUGGACACUCCCCCCUGCACCUGGACCUACGCUUCGACAACGAAUUGAGCGUCGCGAGCGAGAGGCUGGGUUGAGGUGCCAUGAUGUUAGCUGCGGUAUCGGACCAUCUGACGAAGACCCCUAUGGUACCGAAAUUGCAGGAGCUGCAGCUGGUAUGAAGCAGCUCUCUAUCAUGUCGAAGGAGGAUAAGAGCGAACUCUGCUCGCAUACUUUCCAUGGCCCUUGUCUUGUUACGGCAGAGAGGGUUGCACUACGAGGUGCGGAUGCCAUCAUCGAAGAUGGUAAUGUGGAAGUCUCAUGUCCCGUAUGCCGGGGCACUGGAUGCGUCUCGAAGGCGGACUGGGACGAAGGUGUUGUAGCGCUGCUGUAA